AUGAAGAUUUCUCUCUUCGUCCUUUGUGUUGUCGGCGUCGUUUGCGCCUCUUGUCACUGUGGCAUCGUCCUCCCAGCUCCAGCCGUCCGCCACAACGCGACAAAGUGGGACGGCGGCGUCGCAGGCGUUUCCGCAAGCGCCGAGUCUUCAGCAGACGAUGUGGAGAUGUAUUUGGAAGAGCUCCAGAGCUCUUGUCAGCGAUCUGUCCGCCAUGACGACGGCGCACAGGUUGGCGGUGUCGCGACGGCCGGCGGUGGUUUCGCGACGUUUUACGGUUGCGGCACAAUCUUUUUGUGCGCUGUUUACGUUUUGGCAUGCUUGGGAACCGCGGUUGGAAAGGACAAGCGUGUCCGUUGUCGUCGUCGUCGUCGUCGUCCGCGAGUGUCCCAGAGCUUGACAGUGCUGCUUCUGGUGGUCGUGUGGUCCACCUUCGCGGAAGCCGUGUUGUAUGCCAACAGGCCCGUACCAAGAGAAGAGAUGGGAAACCAUCGUCUCGUUCGUGUUCUCCGAUCGCCGGCAGAGAGCCAGCUGGCCGUCAUGGCUACCUUGACGACCAUGUGGCACGAGAGGGCCGAUCAGUUGGGGGAAGCCGAAGAGUCGAGGAAGGCCGGACAGUCUAUUGACGUCCAGCGCCCAACCUUGGGAGCGCUCACGGACAACCAGCAGGACGAUGCCAUCGCUAUCCUCCUCGCAGGCAAAAUCUCGGCCUUGGACUACUCGCUGAGUUCCAUUGCUUUGACCGUUCAAACUUUCACAUGCCUCAAAAAAUACUACAGCGUUGAGAAUGGUGUGUUGGUUCGCGGAGGACUCCGUCAAGCCCGGUCCACUCAGAUUCAUGGGAUUGUCAAUACAGCUCUUGCCAACCUCGGGGGAGCUGCAAGUCUCCGAGAUCUCAGAAAUGAGAUCCACAGGAUGGGCUACUCCAUCAAUAAACAGGUGAUCGAAGCAGUCUUUGCCCCAGUCGAGAAUCGGAGAACUGCAGAUCAUGGAGCCUACACAACGCCUCGCCGAACUCGUCGUAUCAAAGGCACCCCUCGAACGGCUGGAACGGCUCGAAAAAUAAAAUUCUCGACACCUGGAACGGCUAGAAAGGUAGCCAUGCCUCGAACGGCUAGAAAGUUAGCAACACCCCGAUCGGCAAAGUUAGCGACGGAAGAGAGACUGCGGGAGUAUUCUUUUCUUCAAAAAGAGAGUGAUUCGUUGUUGCGAAGAGACAAGGAGCUAGCCGCCGCCUAUUGCGCAGCAACUGCUCGUUCAGCCAGCUGCAUCGACAAGGUGACAGAAGCUACAGAGAGAGCUUUGGAAGCCGCUGGAGCUCGCGCAGAGAGAGCCAACAAAGACCGUGAAGAGAGAGCGGCGAAAUUUCUCAAGGACCUUGCAGAUGGCGGCGACAAGCGAUCGAAAGAGCUUCGACAAAGGGCGGCUAAGUUAGGGUUGGAAAGCGAAUCGUAUGACUAUGAAGACUACGACUCGUAUCCGGACCCGCUACUUGAAGGGUAUCCGUCAGAUUAUGAUGAUGAUGAUGAUGAGUGGGAGGACGGCGAAGCUUCCCUCGAUGGCGUCCCGAAAGCUGCAGCUUUUUCCCAGCCGUCGCCCAUGGAUCCGUAUGAGGAGGAGGGGGGCACACCCUUUCCUGCGUGGGAGGACAACGAAGCUUCCGCAGCUGCAGCUGCAGUUUUCCCCCAGCCGUCGCCCAUGGAUCCGUACGCACGCCGCCUCCAGGAGGAGGAGGACGCAGCCGUUGCUGCGUGCUUCCGUAAACAAGAAGAAGAAGAAGAAGAAGACUUGAAGCCUGCAGCCAAGCCUGCAGCCAAGCCUGCAGCCAAGCCUGCAGCCAAGCCUGCAGCCAAGCCUGCAGCCAAGCUGGCAGCCAAGUCCACCCCCUCUUCUGUUCACCCGGAUGCGUCCUCCCGUGAACAGCAACACGAAGAAGAUGACGAUUUCAAGCCGGCAGCCAAGCCGGCAGCGACCCCCUCUUCCCCUGCAGUUCAAAAUCGCGAUAGAGGCACCUGGCACCCUGAUGGGUACGUCAGCUUCGAAAGCGACGACAUGGUGGGCAAGUUGUCGCAAGAAUCGGACGGGCAGGAAGAGGAUCCUGAGCUCAUUGCGGAGGAAAAGAAGGAGCACCGCUGCAACCGGUGCGGAGCAGUGCUCCUUGGCGAUGAGGGCUGGUGUACCAAAGAAGUCACAAGAGACGGCAAAAAAGUGACCUGUGGUGGGGUCCGGAAGGGGUGCUCCAGCGAUCAGACCUGGAAAGGAGCCUUUCGAGGCAUUGCAGACAUGCAUGACGCCACAAAGGAACGCUGCAAGGAGUGCCGCUGUAUGAAGCCAAUCGAUGGAGACUGCGAGGUUUGUGAGAGUCUCAAAAGUACUGGUGCCACAUUUGGAGGCACAAUAACGGAAAUUGGAUUCAUUUUUGGAGAGGGUGGAGUUGGCAGUGCCUCCUCUCCGUUUGGCGGCGAUUUGACGAUCCGCCAUCCUCCAUCUGCUCCUCCACACGGUGCCACAUUCAUCUUUGGAGAGGGUGGAGUUGGCAAUGGCGAUUCAGGCAGCGGCGGCGAUAGUGACGAUGACGAUGAUGACGAGGUCACCAAAGGAGCAGCCAGUGGUGGUGAUGACAUCACCCCCGACAACAACAAUGGUUUGCGCCCCCAAGUGCUGCAGCAAGAACAAGCUGUGGAGAUUCAAAACUUUGAGCAACUCAAUGAAGGGGAUAUAGUCGAGAUUGAAGUGUCGGAAGGUGUGUGGCGUCGAGCUGAAGUGAAACAGAUCCGAGCGUCCCGGGGUGGACCUCAGGUUUGGGCUGCGUGGUGUGAUGGAACCGGCGGCACACGUCUUACUGUAAAAUCGAAAGUCCGACUUGUGGUGGUUGUGACCUUUCGCAAUAUUUCGCUGGUGCGUUGA